CGUCCGGGAGGGGACGGCUUGGCCUUCACUGGGGGCGGGCGGAGCAGAGGCCGCGGCUGGGCGGGGAGCAAAGGGCGAUGUCAGACUCGGUUUCCUCAUCUGUAAAACAAGGAGAGAUUGACCUAAGUGGCGUCCAACCCCUCCCUUCCAGGUCUAGAUUUGUGGUCCUACGGGCUCCCCGUAGAGCUGUACCAUAUUACUUCAGGCUUACAACCAUCAGUUGUACUUCCCUAUGACAUAGGUGUUAUUAAGAAGCCUCACUUCCAUUGCUUCCGAGCAAGGACUGUUCCUCAUGAAAUCGUAUUGAAACAUAUUGACAAAUAACCUGCAUGGUAUUUAAAAUGAGAUGAUUCUGGCCAUUGAACUCCGGCUCUAAGGUGAAAUAAAGCAAAAACAUUGUUCCCUUGGAGAAAUUAAUUUAGGUACUUUUUGCUAAAAAUCUCUUAACAGUUAAAAGAUCUUAACAAAGUUAAGAUAGGUCUCAUAUAGGAAUGUUUUUGGUUACUUUGUGCUUUGGAGCUUAUUAACAUUUUCAGAGUAAGACAAAUCUUAUUCUGCAGCCAUGAAAUUUCUACUGAUUUUUGACUUUGACCAUACAGUCAUAGAUGAAAAUAGUGACACCUGGAUUAUGAAAUGUGCUCCUGAGAAAAAUCUUCCCAAUGAACUAAAAGAUACUUAUGAAAAAGGAAAGUGGAAUGAAUAUAUGGGCAGAGUCUUUAAAUAUUUAGGAGAUAAAGGAAUAAGGGAAUAUGAAAUGAAAAGAACUAUGACAGAAAUACCUUUUACUGAAGGAAUGAUAGAGCUUAUAACCUUUGUUGGAAAAAAUAAAGAUAUUUUUGACUGCAUUAUCAUUUCAGAUUCAAAUACAGUCUUCAUAGAUUGGAUUUUAGGAACUGCCAAAGUUCGUGAUGUGUUUGAUGAAGUGUUUACAAACCCAGCAGCUUUCAAUGACCAUGGUUAUCUUACUGUGGAAGGUGUUCAUGUUCAUCGUUGUGAUAAGUGCCCAAAGAAUCUCUGUAAAAGAAAAGUUCUGGUAGAAUUUAUAGAUAAACAAUUACAAAAAGGAAUGAAAUACGCCAAAAUUAUUUAUCUGGGUGAUGGUGAAAAUGAUUUCUGUCCAAUAACCUCUCUAAAGAAGAAUGAUGUUGCUAUGCCUCGAAAAGGAUAUUUUUUACAUAAAUUGAUUUCUCAGUUGCCUCAGGAUGCUUCUUUGGAACCUUCUGUUGUAGUUUGGUCAUCAGCUUCUGAAAUACUUUCUUAUUUGAAAUUACUUAUAAAGAAUGAUUCAUAACAAAAUUGGGGAUGACUUAAAUGAAUAAGAAAAGUAGCUCAUACUUAAAUUUUAUAUAGUAGCAGAAAAAGUAGUUGUUAUAUUCUAAAAGAAUAUAUGCAGUAUCAAUAUAUUCCACAUUUUCAUACUUUCCUUUUGAAAUGAAAUGCAAGAAAGUGUGAUUUUUUAAAAAAAUGUUUCUAGUUCACUUCAUAAAAUCUCAUUUAUUGCUUUACAGGGAAUAGGUUUAUUCACUGUGCAUAUGAUGCUUGUCAAUGUAAUCUCCAGCAACAGAACUCAAAAUUCUUAUGAAUAUGCAUUAAUACAGGGCAUGUUAUAGUAACUAUUUUAAAGGAUUGUGCUAUUGAAAUAAAGUCUUACUGAGAAAAUUAUACCAAAACAUGUUAAUUUUAAGGAUCUAAUUUUUAGGCUUAAGUGUCCAGCAUGUAAUUACUCUUCUGGUUUUUAUUUUUUCCAAAUUAUUAACAGAGGCCCUUAGCCCCUAAAAAAUGUACUUAGAAUAAUUUAAUGUGGAAAAAAAUGUGUACCAUUUAUUCAGUUAUUUUGUAAAUGUAAAACAUAAAUAAACACAUCUCAUUUACCUUUA